AUGCCGAAAUUUCCCAUUCUACCCCUCACCGUUACAAGGCACCAGGUCGUAUCGGCCCUUGAAAUAUGCCUCGACAUGGUCCAUUUCAAACAGAUCCUAACCCAAGUCCUCGUACUAGGCCUUUGGCACGAUAACUUCGUCGUGGGCCGCCUACUGGCCUGUUGCGCCACGUCAAACUCCGGCGAUCUCCACUACGCACGCCUCAUUUUCGACUAUUCGGCGAACCCAACCGCAUUUUCCUACAACACCAUGAUCCGAGGCUACUCUGACAGUAACACCCCAAUUCAAUCUCUUCAUCUCUUCUACGCCAUGCGCAAAAAAGGAAUUUACGCCGACAAGUACACGUUCACCUUCGUACUUAAGGCGAGUGCGCGCACCACCCAUUUUCCACAGGCAUGGAAACUGCACGCCCAUACGCUAAAAUGCGGUUUCAGGACCGAUUUACACGUACAAACAUCUUUGUUACACAUGUACACGGCGUUCGGUCGUAUCGAAUCUUCUAAAAGGGUGUUCGACGAAAUGCCUCAGAAGAGCACUGUGGCAUGGAACGCGAUCAUUUCAUGUUAUUUGAAGUCGAACCGUGAGGUAGACAGCUUGAUUUUGUUCGGGGAGAUGGUGAUGGAGCAGAUGGAUAUGAACGAUGACACGUUAGUAAGCGUGAUGCGUUCAUGUGCGAACUUGGGAGCAUUGGUGUGGGGUAAAUGCGUGCAUGGAUUCGUGAUACGUAGGCGUGCCAGUUUAUCGAUGGGAGCCGAGCUGGGCACGAGUUUGGUGCAUAUGUAUGCAAAGUGCGGAAAUUUGGAGAGUGGGAUUCGAGUGUUUGAUGAGAUGGAUGGCCCAGACGUGCCCGCUUGGACGGCAAUGAUUGGUGGGCUGGCCAUGUAUGGUCAUGGGAAGGAGGCAGUCUCUUUGUUUGACAAAAUGCUGCAACAAGGGUUGAAACCUGAUAGUGUAACUUUCACUAGUGUUUUGCAUGCUUGUACUCACUCAGGCAUGGUUAGAGAUGGCCUCAGGAUCUUUAACAGCAUGAAGGAUGUUUAUGGGUUCUACUGUCGGAUCGAGCAUUUUGGGACCAUGGUGGACCUCCUGGGUCGUGCUGGGUACCUGGAAGAAGCCGAGCAGUUGGUAAAUUUGAUGCCUAUCCAACCAAAUGGGGUCGUUUGGGUCUCUCUUUUGAAUGCGUGUGUGAUCAACGGGGAAUUUGGAGCAGCGGAGCGGAUCGGUAAUCAUAUUUUGGGGUUAGGAUUACAAGGCCUAAGUGGGGCUUUUUAUGUAGUUAUGUCCAAUGUAUAUGCAAAGGUUGAGAAAUGGGAAGAGGUUAAGAGAAUGAGGGAGACGAUGAUUGAGAAAGGGUUAAGGAAGGACCAUGGCCAUAGCUUGGUUGAGGUAAAUGGGAGGGUGCACAUGUUCCUUGUAUCAGAUACAACACAUCCACAAACAGAGGAGAUUUAUGUGAUUUUACAUGGAAUUACAAAAGAAAUGGCUCAUUUCUGUUAUUGA